UAAAUGCACUGUUGCAUAGCAUUCACUUCAGCUUUGUGCACUCAUCACAUGCAAUAAGCAACUUUAAGUAAUGAGAUAGGCAACUAUACAAUCCACAAGUUCUAUAUAUAGUCAAUAAAAAUUGCAAAGAUGCAAAGAGCCCAAGUAGGAGAAGCUGAGCGAAGAAGAUUUUCUGGUCUUGUGCUAUAUAUGUACAUAUAUGGUUUUAAGCCCAAAUCAUCUCGGAGAAGGUUUAUGUGGAAGCCUAUGGUUUAUUGUUGUCUCCCAAAGUUGGCUCCCAUGAAACCAAUCAUCAUAAUCCUCUUUACUCUUUCCUCUUCGCUUUUCCUCUCAUUGCCUUUCAAAGUUGAGCCAGCACAUAGUCAUAACUAUGCUCAGAUCACAGUCAUGGGUCUCGUUUACUGCGACAUCUGCUCAAACAACAGUUUCUCCACCCACAGCUACUUCAUACCAGGUGCACAGGUCAGAAUAGACUGCAGAUUCAAAGCAGUGUCACCUAGAACCAGAGAGCAGAUAACAGUGUCAGUGAACAGAACAACAAACAGACAUGGAAUGUACAAGUUGGACAUACCAUCAGUGGAUGGGGUGUCAUGCGCAGAGGCAGCUAUGGGAUCUUCAUGUCAAGCGAGCUUACUCAGGAGUUCAUCUUCUUCAUGUAAUGUUCCUGGUUACGGAAGCACAACAGAUGAGAUAGAAUUUAAAGCCAAGCGACCAAAUCUCUGCAUCUACAGCCUAAAUGCACUGAGUUUCAAGCCCUCAAAGAGAGACCUUGCCUUGUGCGGCUAGUAGAAGGAAGACCUUGGCUUUAUUUGCGUAUGUAUGGUUCUCUUCUUUGCCACUUAUCCUGCAACAGUCUCCUCCUACAUAAAAAUGGCUGUUUCUUGAAAAGUAUAUCAAAUAUUUCCAUUACUUCAGCUACUCAAGCUUAACCUGGCUCCUUGCCAGUCUCAGUCAGCACAUAAUGCAAGGAAAUAAGAUAGCAACUAAGCCUCCUAUUAGAGAAGAAGAAGCAGCAGCAGCACUAGAUGAUCAAGAAGAUUGAUGAAAAUAUUGUUUAAUCAUGCUUAUUAAAUAUUUUUUGUGGGUUGUUUCAGUUUAUACAACUAUGUAAGAAAAUCUUAUGAAUCCAGAUUUCAGGUUUGAAGACA